UUUCCCCUGAAAUCGCGAACAGAUAUAUAUUUUCCGCGCGUAUUACCGCGUGGCUGGUUACGUUAUAUUUUCAGAACCGUGCGUGACCCGUGAGAGCGCCACCGCCGUCACACGCAAAUGCGGCGACACAGGUCGACCUAACAGGUAGACAUGGACAGGGAUCGUAGGGAGAAGCACGAUCACGAUAAUUUUAAUGAAAACGAAGGCGAUCGAAAAGUAGUAAUGGAUUUUCGUAAUUUGUCACAUCAUCAUAACGUGGAUCAUGCAGCUGACGCUGAUGCGGAGCGGGACAUGGAUGUUGAUCAGAACGAUCGCGUUGAGAAUCUUCACGAUGAUAAAAUAGAUCAAAACAUAGGGAGGAAUUAUCAUAAUUUAGCGCAUCAUCCCGCUAUGAGAGACAUGGAAAGAGAUCAGAAUAAUCAUGUCGAUAACGCACAUGAUGAAAAAGUUGAUCACAAGAUUGGGAGAGAUUUUCGUAAUUUAACAUCGCACGCAGGAAUGGUUCAUUUACACGCUGGGAUCGAGCAUUUAAAUAAUGUCGACGUAGAGGUAAAAUUGGCGAGAGACGUUCGUGGAUCUUUAGGUUUGGGACUGUCAUUAGAAUUAUGCGUAGUCUGUGGUGAUAGAGCUAGUGGAAGACACUAUGGAGCAAUAAGCUGUGAAGGCUGUAAAGGUUUCUUUAAACGUAGUAUUCGGAAGCAGUUGGGUUACCAAUGCAGAGGAAGCAAGAGUUGUGAAGUUACCAAGCACCAUAGAAAUCGGUGUCAGUAUUGUAGACUUCAGAAAUGUCUUGCAAUGGGCAUGAGAAGUGACUCCGUUCAACAUGAAAGGAAACCAGUAUUGGGAGAAUCUGCAGGGACAAAAGUAGGAAAUCGAAGCCCUAGAGUUAAACCAGAACCGCAACAACCUGUGUCUGAAGCUCCUCCAACCUGGGAACAACCCGAAAGUCCCAGUAUGGAAGACCAAAGUAGUGAUAGUGACCUUAGUGAUGCUUUAACGUUAGCAAGGGAACGUUUACUUAUUUCACAUGCUUUGGAUAGCAUGACUAAACUUAUUGGAGAUAGUGUUAAUGGUUCAAGUGAACCAGAAGAAGAAUGGACUGGUCAGUUAAUAUCCGAAAGGCAUACGCUAUUUGAGUUAAGAGCGCCUACUCCAGCUCCUGCGUAUUUAUCAAUACAUUAUAUUUGCGAGAGUGCUGCGAGAUUACUUUUUCUUUCUGUUCAUUGGGCAAGAGGAAUUCCUGCGUUUCAAGCAUUACCAUCCGAAGUUCAAACAACAUUGGUACGCAGUUCCUGGGGACAGCUCUUUACAUUAGGUCUUGCACAAUGCGCGUACACUCUGUCGCUUCCUAGUAUUCUAACAUCAAUAAUAAAUCAUUUACAAGCUAGUAUUGCACAGGAAAAGAUUACUGCUAGCAAAGUAAAGUCUGUCACGGAGCACAUAUGCCGAUUGCAGGAUUGUGUUAGUUCACUUCACAAAUUACAAGUGGAUUCUGUUGAAUAUGCGUACCUUAAAGCGCUAACUCUUUUCAGUGCUGAUAAUGUUUUGGCGGGCGUUUGGCGUAAGAAAGUGGAAGUUUUACAAGAAGCUGCAUGGACAGAAUUGCAACAACGUGUGGGAUCUGACCGGUUGCCGCGCCUUCUUUUGAGACUUGCACCGCUGCGUUCGAUUAACCCUAGAGUUUUGGAAGAUUUGUUUUUCGCGGGUCUCAUUGGUAGAGUAAGCGUAGCAAGUGUAGUGCCUUAUAUUCUUACUAUGCACGAUUACAAAACUGAACCUGAAAGUCACAUGGGGUGACAAUUACUAUCCGUGCAAUGCAAGUCGUGACCUAACAAAGUGAUAUAUACGUUAGUGUUGAAUGCCUUAAAUAUUUUUAUACGCUGAGAAAUAGAAGA